AUGAUCACCGAUUUCAACCAACCGCUUCCUCAGCAGGAAUACAGCUGGAGGAUCUCACCCGUGGCUCUUCGAGACUUCGGGUCCGGCUGUUUCGCCACCUUUCGUGAGAUGCCCCGAAGCUUUGAGAAGAAGGACGAGGAGGAGGACAAAAGAGAGGGCCAGGGUCCAGCCCUGCCAAGCUGGCAGCCGGAGCCGGAGCACGGCGAUUUGGAGCGGUUCAUUAGGUAUUGCAGAACUUCGAAAUGCCCGGACUUCCAGGCUGGACAUUGCGAGCUUCACAAGCCGAUGCAGUGCUUUCACUUCCAUUUCGAGGGCCAGCGCCGGCGUGGCGUCCUGGGCCUGGACGGGAAGCUUUGCUACUGGGAGCUUCCCUGCAAGUGGAUCUCCCAGCCCAACAAGUGCCAUUUGGGUGAGCGAUGCAUCUUCGCCCACUCCAAAGGCGAGAUCUCCUAUCACCCGGCGAAGUACAAGACUCGACUCUGCAACGGUGGAGAUUGCCAGAAGGCGACUUGCUGCUUUGCGCAUUCGGAGAAGGAGCUGCGAAGCAAAGCUGUGGCUCGCUACUCCCACGGGAUGGCUGCAGAGAGGCCAAAGGAGUCGAAGGAGUCGAAGGAGCAGGAGGAGCCCAAGGAGUUGAAGGAGAGCGACGAGGGCCUCUCCGGGGGCCCUCGCUCUUUGGGUGCUUCGGGUUCGGGCGCGACGAGCGCGACUGCCCGCAGUCUGGAAGCUGUGGAUUUGAAGACCUUCAAGGUCUUCCCCUGUCGCAAAGGCAGAGGCGUCCACGAUCGCAAGCUCUGUGCCUUCUACCACAACCCACGCGACCGACGCCGGCCCCCCGCCUGCGGCUACCGACCCGAGCCCUGCCCAGAGUGUUUCGAUUCGGAUUCUCGCGAAGGUGCGAGCAGUUGCUCGCUUGGGGACGACUGCGGCCUGUGCCACAACCGUUUGGAGCUGCUCUACCAUGACAGUGUGUUCAAGAAGCGCGUUUGUGCAACUUUCCCGAAGGUGUCCUCGUGCCAGAGGGGGGACCUGUGCGCGUUUGCACACCACCGAGAGGAGGUUCGCGUGGAGCUGCUAAAGCUUGAAGAGGAGGAGCUCAUGGCAGAAUGGUUGAGUGUACCCGAGGACUCCCGGUCUCCAGAGAUGCAACUCCGAGCAGUGGACUUCUUCACACGCCGCUUCAAGACGCUGUGGUGCCCCUAUGGUACCCAACACAGCUGGCAUGAGUGCGGCAUGGCUUUUUUGUUGAAGGAUUGGCGCCGACGACCUGAACUCGGAUACAGCAGUGAACCCUGCACGGAGUGGGCGAAGCAUGUUGGGGAGCGUCUUCCGUACAAUGAGCGAUGCCCUAGAGGCCUGCGGUGCGGCUUUGCUCACGGCUCGAAGGAGCAACUCUACCAUCCUUCCUAUUACAAGACGAUGCCGUGCACUGACUGGGCAGCGACCGGGCAAUGCCCACGCGGGCCGCAGUGUGCUUUCUACCACGGCGCAGACGAGCAGAGGAUCCUCCGAGAGGCCUCGUCGCCGAGUGCAGCAGUCGCGGGCGCGAGUAUGGGCGCGGCUGCCCAGAACCGAUGCUAA